AUGGACAAGUUCAACUUUGUUAGAAAUGGGAUGAUCAGAUUGCCUCCUGGUUUUCGUUUCCAGCCUACAGAUGAAGAGCUGGUCUUUCAGUACCUAAGAUGCAAAGUCUUUUCAUGCCCUCUGCCUGCUUCAAUAAUUCCUGAGGUCAAUGUUUGCAUGUAUGAUCCUUGGGAUUUGCCAGGUGAUUUGGAGCAAGAGAGAUAUUUCUUCAGCAACAAGGAAUCAAAAUACAGGAAUGGGAGCAGAGCCAACAGGGUGACAAGUUCUGGUUACUGGAAAGCCACCGGCACUGAUAAAAAGAUUGUAUCUUCAAGGAGGAACCAUAUUGUGGGGAAGAAAAAGACUCUUGUUUUCUACAGAGGAAAGGCUCCAAAUGGUUGUAAAACUGAUUGGGUCAUGCAUGAGUAUUGCCUUGUCAAUGCAGAAACUACAGCCUCCAUCAACACAGCCGAGAAUGCUUUAAACCAGAAAGAAAAUUGGGUUCUGUGUCGAAUAUUUUCGAAGAAAAGAAGUUGUAAGACUGAUGAUGAGGAAGGCAUCAGAGUUAACAAUUCUGAAAUGGUUCAUGCACCUCAGACUAAUAAUAAUCAAAGUCCUGUGUCAUCUUCUUCAUCUUGCUCAAGUUCUAGUGGGAUCACAGAAGUAACUUCUUCAAGUGAAGCAGGUGAUGAAGAAGAAAUCAGCGGGUGCACUAAGUUUUGA